AUGUCAGAUUCGAACACAACCGACUUCAGCAACCCCUCCACCUUCAUCCUACUUGGCAUUCCUGGCCUAGAGGCAGCCCAUAUCUGGAUCUCCAUUCCCUUCUGUGCUAUGUACAUCAUAGCCGUGUUGGGUAACUUCACCAUCCUGUUCAUCGUUAAAAUGGAUCCGAGCCUUCACGGGCCCAUGUUCUAUUUCCUCUGCAUGCUGGCUGUCACCGACCUGGUCAUGUCCACAUCCACCAUACCCAAAAUGCUGAGCAUUUUCUGGUUCAGUUCCAGGGAGAUCAGUUUCAGUGCCUGCCUCACCCAGAUGUAUUUCAUUCACUGCUUCUCAGCAAUGGAGUCUGGAAUCCUUAUGGCCAUGGCUUUUGAUCGCUUUGUGGCCAUCUGCCAUCCCCUGAGAUAUUCCACCAUCCUGACAAACUCUGUUGUGGCCAAGAUAGGCCUGGCUGUGGUGCUGCGCAGUGGCAUAAUCACAUUACCUUAUCCCUUCCUGGCAAGGCGGUGGCCAUAUUGCAGAACCAAUAUCAUCCCCCACUUUUGUUGUGGGCAUAUAGCUGUGGUGAAGCUGGCCUGUGCUGACUUCAGCAUCAGUAGUUACUAUGGCCUGUUUGAUCUUCUGUCUGUGACUGGAAUGGAUUUGUUUUUUAUCACUGUGUCUUAUACUCUGAUCCUCAAGGUCAUCUUCUGCCUCCCCACAAAAUAUGCCCAGCUCAAGACUUUUGGGACCUGCAUCUCUCAUCUUUGUGCCAUCUUAGCUUUAUACAUACCAGAUUUCUUCUCCUCUCUCACGCACAGGUUUGGCCACAAUGUGCCCUGGGAAUUCCUCGUUCUCAUUGCCAGUGUGAACCUGCUGGUGCCCCCCAUGCUACACCCCAUCAUCUAUGGGGUGAGAACCAAACAGAUGCGGGACAGGCUGCUUCAGCUCUUUACUUAUAAAGAGACCUAA